CUAUUACAUUUAUUGAGGAAGGAUGUUGAGGCACGUGUCCCGGACGUUGGUACGAACUGUGCCACGUGUAACCAAGUCACAUUGUGUAGCAGUCAGAUCACUCUCUAACCUGCUAGUUCGAUCUCUGCCUAACUCCAGGGUACUGAGUGUUCCUCAACUGACGAUACAACAUGUGAGGAUGAUGAGCAACUACCCUCCCCACUUUAUGAUAGACAUGCCUGCCCUCUCACCCACUAUGGAGGCAGGUACAAUCCUGUCCUGGUCCGUAUCAGAGGGAGAUGAGUUGGGAGAAGGUGAUCUGCUAGCUCAGAUAGAGACUGACAAGGCUACAAUGGACUUUGAGGCUCCUGAAGUUGGAUUCUUGGCUAAAAUACUUAUUCCGGCUGGUACUCCUGAUGUUAAACUUGGAGUGCCGGUUUGUAUCAUUGUCGAAGAUAAAGACGACAUCGCUAAGUUUGCGAACUACGAAGCUCCUGCUGGUGACGCUGCCCCCGCAGAAGCUGCACCAGAACCAGUACCAGAGCCAGUAGCUGCCCCACCCCCUCCAGCUCCUACCCCUGUCCCUGCUACUCCCCCUCCUCCUCCCCCUCCAGCUGCAGUGGCCGCUCCUCCCCCUCCAGCUGCAGUGGCCGCUCCUCCCCCUCCAGCUGCAGUGGCCGCUCAACCACCUGUACUGGGCAGUAGGAUCAUGGCUAGUCCCAUGGCAAAGGCUUUAGCUGCAAGAAAGGGUAUUGAUCUGUCGCAAGUUGUUGGGUCGGGUGCUGAUGGUGUUAUACGAGCAGUAGACGUUGAAGCGACCCCAGUAGCCACUGCUCCAGUAUCUGCCGCCCCAGUAGCCGCUGCUCCAGUAGCCGCUGCUCCUCUUGUAGUUUCUCCAGACGGCUCCUUCACUGAGAUUCCUCUCACCAACAUGAGGAAAGCUAUUGCUAAGCGGCUUACUUCGUCCAAACAGGAGAUCCCACACUAUUAUCUUACUAUAGAGGUAGUGCUAGAUGAUCUCCUCUCAGUCCGCUCACAGCUCAACAAGGAGGGGGCUGGCAACUUCAAACUCUCUGUCACUGACUUCCUCAUUAAAGCUAGUUCUAAAGCUUUGUUAGAUGUUCCAGCUGCUAACAGUCAGUGGGCAGAUACUUGCAUUAAACAGUUCCACAAUGCAGAUAUCUCUGUGGCAGUAGCAACAGAUAAUGGCCUCAUAACACCCAUAGUAUACACUGCGAACAACAAGGGUCUUAAACAGAUAAACAGUGACAUGAGCGAGCUAAAGAGCAAAGCAGCGGAGGGUAAACUCAAACCACACGAAUUCCAGGGAGGCACCUUCACAAUCUCUAACCUGGGUAUGAUGGGAAUCCAGCACUUCACUGCUGUUAUAAACCCGCCACAGAGCUGUAUUCUAGCUGUGGGAGCCCCCCAGAAGAAGAUGGUCCCUGCUGACAAUGAGAAAGGGUUCGAAAUAAAGACAGUGAUGAACGUCUCCCUGAGCUGUGAUCACCGCGUAGUGGACGGUGCGGUUGGUUCGCAGUGGCUCGACUCCUUCAAGGGCUACCUUGAGAAACCACUCAACUUACUUUUGUAACUUAACUCAUUAAAUUAUUGAUUUUUCUAAUAUGAUCCGGGUUUAUAACGCGAAGUUACAGUUAAUUUUGGACUGGAGUAGGUACAAGCAUUUAGUUCUAAUGAAUGUAGAGACUCGAUGAGCAGCUAAUAUGAGGUCACUGUUAAUACCAGUAUGGUAUGUGAACAGUGAAACAUGCUAAAUACUUUAACAGAUAAAGUAAGUGACACGGCACGUUAUCUCCUGUUUUGAAAGCGGUUUUGUUAUCAUUUAUUGAUGGAUUCCGUAACUUAUUACUAAGAUUUGUACAUAACAUGCA